CAGGUAAAGAGAUAGGCUUCGGAUGAGGCGCGCCAAAACCUCCACAACUACCCCAACAACGAACUUCCUUUAUGGCUCUACCUCUAUGCCUCUCCAUCCCCUCUCGAACAAGGUUCUUUUUCGAAAUCUCGUCCACUCCAUCUUGUCCUAAGCAUACUUUUGUAACACCCCAUUUCGCAUUUCCCUUGGCUCGGUUUAAUGGACUAGUUCAAUUCCCACAAAGAAGACCAUUUCACCCCAAACUCACCUGCAUUUUUGCCAAAAAGAACCUUUCUGAGGAGUCAAGGAACUGGAGUAAUACUCUUGCUUAUACUCAGAAUUUUUGGGAUCAGACGGUAAAGAGAUUUGAUGGUGCCUUUGCUGGAAUCCUCAUUUUUCUUCAAGUCUCAUGCCCAGUAUUUUUAGCUGGUUGGGAUUCAUGGUCAGUUUCUCCAGCUGAAGCAGUUCUUUAUUCCCCAGAAACCAAAAUUCCUAGGACAGGUGAACUAGCUCUGCGAAGAGCAAUUCCAGCUAACACUGACAUGAAAGCUAUACAGGAGUCUCUGGAGGAUAUCUCAUACUUGCUAAGGAUACCACAGAGAAAACCAUAUGGAACAAUGGAGGGGAACGUGAGGAAAGCUCUUAAGAUUGCAACAGAUGAAAAGCAAUCAAUUUUGUCUAGCAUACCACCUGAACUGAGAGAGAAUGGCUCAGCAUUAUAUACAUCACUAGUAGAUGGCAAGGGUGGUUUGCAAAGCCUUCUGCAGAGUAUAGAAGAUCAGGAUCCAGAUAAAGUAUCAGUUGGUCUUGCCUCUUCACUGGAUACUGUUGCACAACUGGAGUUAUUACAGGCUCCAGGAUUAUCAUUCUUGUUGCCUAAUGAAUACUUAAACUAUCCAAGGCUCACAGGGAGAGGGGUCGUAGAAUUUACCAUUGAGAGAGGAGAUGGUUCAACAUUUUCUCCCGAAGCAGCUGGUGAACCAAGAAGUGUUGCAACAUUACGGGUUGUCUUAGAUGGAUAUUCAGCUCCAUUGACUGCAGGGAACUUUGCAAAGCUGGUGAUUGAUGGGGCGUACGACGGGGUGAAGCUUAACUGUGCCAAUCAAGCAAUAAUUUCAGACGGUGAGCUUGGAAAUAGCACCGGCUACAGCGUUCCACUAGAAAUAAAGCCAUCAGGACAAUUUGAGCCUCUUUACAAGACGACUUUAAGCGUGCAGGACGGGGAAUUACCUGUACUACCAUUAUCAGUUUAUGGUGCCGUUGCUAUGGCCCAUAGUGAUGUCGCAGAGGAAUAUUCAUCACCUAACCAGUUUUUCAUAUAUCUAUACAACAAGAGAAAUUCUGGCUUAGGUGGUCUGUCUUUUGAUGAGGGUCAAUUUUCUGUAUUCGGGUAUACGACUCUGGGAAGAGAAACUCUUCCUCAGAUUAAGACUGGUGACGUGAUUCGUUCUGCAAAACUGAUGGAGGGCCAAGAUCGCCUUGUAUUACCGAAGAAUGAUAACGUGCUCGAGAGAUCCUUUUGAAUCGUUCUUCAACUCAUGUCUCUUAUUGACAAACGUUUAUCUUAUCUGGACAAAAAUUGGUCGACUCUACACUUCCAAAAGCUGACAAGAAUCGUAGCAGUCUGGACCACAAAGCUGAAGUUCUAGAGGGCAAUUACUUCUUCCACCACCACCACGGGAAGUGUAAAAAAUCCUCAACCUCAAUAAAUAUAUAUACGAUGCGUAUGGAUACAGAUGAAUAACAAGCAUCUCUGUCACCCACAGAUUACUGUGAAAUUAUUACAAGGGCCCUUGCUCGUAGAACAUGUGGACUACCUGCAACUACGAUGCUCCAACAUUCGGGAGUAGAUUCUAGUGGAUCCCACAUUAAUUGUUCUGUUUGCAAUUGGAGUCUGGUUUUCUUGUAUCUUGUCUCCUAAAAUAUAUAAAUAUAUACAUAUAUAAUAUAAAAUUC